GGCACUCUACAAGCCCUCGUUCCAGAGCUCGGUGUACGUCUCCUUCGAGGCCAAGUUCGGAAACGACGGCAGCAGAAGUUUCGGGCCGGGUGACGUCAGCAUCGUGCAUACAGAUUUGGACAACCCACCCUGGUGGAUGGUGGACCUACGGGGCGUCUUCGUGGUGGAGCAGAUCGUUCUAACGAACAGGUCAGUGGCUAUUCUUAGAAUAUUACAGCGUCUCAGGACCCUGCAGGUGAUUAGCUUUGUUAUUGUUAUUGACAUGGACCCUGACAAGUCAGCAUUGUCGAUGUAUACAGCGUUUUCAUGUACACCAUUGUUCUGUACAUCAUUGUUAUGUACACCAUUGUCCUGCACAGCAUUGUCCUGUCCACCAUUGUUCUGUACACCAUUGUUCUGUACACCAUUGUCCUUUAUAGCAUUGUUCUGUACACCAUUGUCCUGUACCCCAUUUUCCUGUACACCAUUGUUCUGUACACCAUUGUUCUGUACCCCAUUGUCCUGUUCAGCAUUGUCCUGUACACCAUUGUUCUGUACACCAUUGUUCUGUACCCCAUUGUCCUGUUCCCCAUUGUCCUGUACACCAAUGUUCUGUACACCAUUGUUUUGUACACCAUAGCGUUGAAUAUAAAUUAUCGUUAAGGCUUGAUGCUCCACAGGACCACACAGUGCACUGAACAUUUUCUUUCUAAAGUGGUGACAAGCAUCGGUAAGGGUAGGCAGUGUUGGGAUUAGGCUUAGGGUUAGGGUUAGGGCUAGGCUUAGGGUUAGGGUUAGGGAGGUUCAAUGCCUAGGAAUGUUAGAAUAUUGAUUGUCCUGACUCUCCUCGUUUCUUGACCCAAGCAUUAAACAGAUGUGUAUAGCUUUUGAAUUAUUUUUGUUAUGUAGUCGUGCUGACAUAAGACCUCGAUAUUUUAAGUCAGCGAUGUUGAACCUCUUUCAUCUCGGAUGGCUCAUUUCUUUUAUUUAUCACGUAAGCCAGCAGCCAAAAAAACUAAAAUCACAUGUGCACAAAAAUCUAUGUUUGCUUGUUUGCAUUGUCAAAUGGCUGUUACAGAGCAAGCUUAAACUUCUUGUCAUAAGGUGGCAGGACAAAGUCCCUGAUACAGAGAUCGUACAACGGCUCACUUUGUCAUCGUCCUCACGCUCCUACAAAAAGAACAUGCCAGCAGGGCGGGGCAUGUUGCAAGAAUGCCAUACGGCUGACUUCCUAAACAGUUAAUGGGAAGCAAAGACGCUUUUAGGACUGUCUAAAAGCUUCAACCAAAUCCAUGGACAUUGACAUAGUUUUGUGGGAGACACUUGCUAUGGAUCGUACAAACUGGCGUGGGAAAACUCACUGUUUCAUCGUACAAACUGGAAAGGCAGACUCACUGUUAGACCGUACAAACUGGCAUGGCAGACUCACUGUUGGACCGUGCAAACUUGCAUGGCAGACUCACUGUUGGACUGCGCAAACUGGCAUGGCAGACUCACUAUUUGACCGUGCAAACUGAUGGGGCAGACUCACUGUGGAGCACAAUCCUCAGAGAAUAAUUGCACCGCUCACAUCCAAAGAAGGCAGACGACAAGGAAAAGCAGAAUCGACUUAAAUCCAAAACCACGUGUCUCAUGUGCGGGAUAGCUUUCCAUGGUAUAAUAUGGCUGGCAGGCCACCUGCCACUAUAAACGAGCACAAUGAAAUAAUAAUAUCGGAGGUGAAAGAACGGACAACAGCAGGCAGCCGUUCCUAUUGCAGCCUACAAAAGCUACUGGGAAGCUAAAACCUCUCAAACAGAACAAGGAAGACAAUAUAGACCACAAUCAUGCGAUCAGUAGUAGCGUACGCUAGUGAGACCUGGACCCUCACCAGAAAAGCAGAGAACUUGCUCAACACAUGGGAGAGGAAAAUCCUCAGAAAAAUAUACGGACCUGUGAUAGAAAAUGAUAUCUGAAGAAUUUGUACAAACCAAGAACUUUACCCUUUGUACAGAGAUCCUCCCAUAGUCACAAUGAUAAAAAAGGCAGACUACGCUGUGCAUGACAUGUUGAAAGGAUGCCAGAAUAAAGAACUGCAAAAUUUAUAUGCAGACAGAAGCCUAGGGGCAGACGACUCAUCGGUCGCCCUGGGCAGAGAUGGAUAGAUGAUGGGGACAUGGAUAUACACCAGUUUGGGGUUCGCGCAUGGAGGCGUAAAGCCAUAGAUCGCUCCGAACUGAAAGAUGUGGUGGAGUAACCCAGGGCCCUAAAUGGGCUGUAGCGCCACUGAUGAUGAUGAUGAAGAUGAGGCUACCUGCGUACUCAUGAUUGAAUAUAGCCUUGGUUAACUUCGCCUGUGAACGAUAUACAACAACAACACAGGGCCGGCUGGCGCGGAUGGUAAACAUAUGUUGCCAGACAAUGUUCUAGUAAAUUAUAUUUUAAAUGUAUAAACAUUUUAUUAAAAUAGUAUAUUAUUUGUAUGCCCAGUUUUUGGACAAUUUAAAAAAAAGAUAAGGACUGAGCCUGCGAACUAUGUGUUUAGUCAGAAUGAAGCAUUUGGAUUCAUCCAGAAAGCAACAUAUGGUUCAGGAAGAAUUCAACAUUUGAAAUUUCUUUACAUAACUAUUUUGAAUGAUGAGAGACUUUUAAAAUGUGGGGAAUCAGCUAUUAGUCAAACCUCUAAAAUAUUGAAAUCAGCUAUUGGUCAACGACCUCUAAACAUUGUUUCCACAGUUUUGUUGCCAAUUCCUUUAACAAAGUAGGACAAAUCGUUACUCCCUUCAUUCCCUACGGCGCCCUCCCCCUUCCCCCCCCCCGCCCCCCCCCCCGCCUUUUUUUUUUUUUUUUCUCACCCUCUCCCAGCUUUUUUUUUUUUUUUGACUAGGAAAAAUUUUGUUGCCUUCAUUUUUACGUCACUUUAAGGAUAUCGAUUAAGUCCAGGUCGGGUCAAUUCUAAGCUCAGAGUCACUAAUGGAUAUUAAAAGCGUAUGGGGGUGGGGGAAGGGGAGGACAUUCCAAGGUGGAGAGAAACGAGUGUUUUCAAGACCCCACUAACCGCAGGCGCAAUAAUCUGAGCGAUGACGUAUUUUGCGCUCGCACUUGGAAUUACGGCUCUUAAUUUUUACUUACUUUUUUAAAAAAAAUUUUUUUUUUACAAUUUUCCAAUUUGUAACAUUUGGCAUUUAUCUUAAAUAAUGUGGAUAAUGAACGAAUCAUUUAUAGAGUGUGCGGGGACUUUUCCACUUAUACAAUUUACACCAGGAACAUUAGAUUUUUUAAAACAUUUAUUCUCAAACUGUGCAUUACAAUACAUAAAGAUGUUUGAAUCGAGGGCUCUAAAAUUGUUCUUCUAAUGAACUCUGGUUGAUUUGUUUCAUUUGUUGAAACUAAGCAAUGAAUAAAUUCCAAUUUUCACACUAAAUAAAGUCAUUUUACUAAUUUAUGAUCAGAUGGGCGAAUUUCCAAAAUGGAACACUGGCAUCUUUAUUAAGUGAAACUGAUCUGAGUUAUUGGCUCUUCCCUGGCUUUUUGUUAAAGUUUUAUUUAUGGAUUCGAUAUUUUUUUCUAUAUACGUAUAUGGUGUGUUAUAACUCUAUUAAGGUGCCGCUGUGAACUGAACAGACCAGUGAUUCCCAAACUGUACUCCACGUGCAUUUGGGGGGGGGGGGGACUUCAUGUCCGUUCCCCUCCCGUUGUAAAAUUGCUCCAAACGUAUAUGGUGUGUUAUAACUCUAUUAAGGUGCCGCUGUGAACUGAACAGACCAGUGAUUCCCAAACUGUACUCCACGUGCAUUUGGGGGGGGGGGGACUUCAUGUCCGUUCACCUCCUGUCGUAACAUUGCUCCAACACGCAAUUAAUUGUCAAGACAUGGCGUGGUCCUACGGGUUUUCCAAUAUAGAAACUGAUUCUAAGAAGGGCUCUGCGAGUCAAAACUGUUCUUAACCACUGUCUAGACACCAUUAAUUGUAGCAUUCGUACUUAGAUUACGUUCCAAACUCAUGUUGAGAUCACUAUGCCCCUCUCUCUAGGCCCGACGACUUUUGUCUUCGACUUAAGAAAUUCCAGAUAGAUGUGUUCACAACUGAUCCACGGCAACUAGCUGACUUCCCCAGCGUGUCCGGAGAUGUCUGCUAUAACAGAACUGCCCCACUGGGCAACAGUACGUACACCUGGAACUGUACGCGCCCCCUGAUUGGUCGAUACGUCAGACUCGUCAUGUGAGUACCUGGUGCAGAAAAGAAAUAAACACUAAACAGCAAAAGUACAUAAUAUAAUGAAACUCCAAUACGUAACACAAUAAGAGUGCACAAUACAACAAAAAUACACAAUUGAGCAAGAGUGCGUAAUAAAACUAAUGUUUAAUACAAGAGAGGAAGAGUACACGAUACAUCAAUAGUAUACAAUAGACCAAGAGUACGUGAUCCGACCAAAUGCAAAUCAUGUCGAAAGUCUCCGAACACAAUUUAUCUCCAAACACUCCGAUUUCUGCACCAAAAAAAAAAAAAAGUUAAAAAGUUAAACAUCUGAGAAUUAAUUUUCAACUCUUUAACAAGUGUCUCUGAAAUGUCUCCAAAACAAAGCUUAUAGCGUGCACUGGUAGAGUCAUUUGACAUGUACUUUUUAAUGAUACAUUUAUAUUAGUUUUUUAUUUCUAUUUUAUGUGACUAACGUCCGUCUAGAAAAGUAUUAAGGGGGACAGAGGGAGAAUAUUUUGGAGCUUAUUCUUUUAAAUUUAAGAAAAAACUAAUAAUGCUUAUUUGAAAAAUAACUGGGGUUCAAAAAAAAAAAGGGGGGGGGGGGAUUAAACGAUAACCAAAUGAAAUUUUCACAUAGGAAUGAUCAUGUGAUUCCAUGCAACACUAAAAUUAUUGAAAAUAAUUUUUUUUUAAACGCUGAUAUGUAAGUGAAAAGCUUACGAUUCGAACGCUAAGGACACAGAUUUACCGAUAUUUUAACGCCCAAACAAGAUGUAAUCUAUUAAUUAAGUAACUUGCUGACCACAUACAUAUGACCUUUGGCCUAUCCAUAUCUGAUUUGCUGUUUGAACUUUUGUCCAUAGAGUUAAAAAGUAAUUCAAUAACAAUUAAUGUAAGACCCAUCCAUAUCCUCCAACGAUAACUUUCUGUCAAUCCUCGAUCUUAUCGCCUAGGUUCGACAACGACUACCUUCACGUCCUCGAGGUCGAGGUCAUGACGAGCGCCAUCCUGUCCGCGGAGGAAAUGACGUACACCGCCAUGGACAACACGCGGCUCGUGCAGGGAACCCACCUCGGCAAUCUGUCAGCGAUGUUCUCGGCCAUCCUGUGCGCCGGCGAGUGCUCCAGGCUGAGGGACAGCCUCGCUUGUACGGCGUUCAACUGGACACCGUCCACCUACGAGUGCCAACUGGUCAGGGUUGACCCCAGGAUGACGAUACCGAGCACGGCCCUGGAGUGGGCGGAUGGGGUGCAGUUUUUUCUCGAAGACAUUCAGGUGUAAUCUGUUCAACGUGAUUUGGUUGACAGGGUUGUUGUUUUUUUUAAUGUUCAAUGUCAUACACAGCAGAGCGUCGAUUAUCCGGACUAAUUGGGGCCCCUGGACUUUCGGAUAACAUAUUUUUUCGGAUUACUAAUUUUGCGGAUAAUGGAAUACACCCACAAAAAGAUUAGUUAAAUAUAUUAGCGCAUAGAAUACAAUAUAUUCUCAUCGCUUAGACGUAUGUUUUGCUCACGAAAAUAUUCGAUCAGGGCUAAUUAUUUCUUUUAUCGUUAGGAGUGAAAGAUGUAAAAAUUAUUUGUCCCCCCAGUCUGUACGAAUUUUCCAGCUCCCCCUCCAGCACAGUCUACCAAAUCUAAAUGAUCACUAAUUAAGUUAUUGUUGUCAGAAAUGGAGCUCCUUUACGGCUAAUUUCUACGCU